AUGAAUAGAUUCGAAGAAGCAUUGGAUUAUUAUGAUUAAUCUAUCUUGAAACAUCCUGAGAAUGCGAACUAUUAUAAUAAUAAAGCUACAAUUUUAUAUUGUAUGAAUAGAUAUGAAGAAGCAUUGGAAUAUUUUGAUUUAGCAAUUCAAAAAAACCCUGAAAUUUCAUACUAAUAUUUUAACAAAGCUAAUACAUUAGAAUAAAUGAGGAGAUAUGAAGAAGCAUUGAAAUUUUAUGAUUAAUCCAUUGAGAAAUCCCCAGAAAAAUCAGACUAUUUUAAUAGCAAAGGUAUAUUUAAUUUGUAUAAUUUCGGAGCUCUUACAUUAAAGAAACUGAAUCGACUUGAAGAAGCAUUGAGAUAUUAUGAUUAUGCAAUUUAGAAAAACCCGGAAAACUCUGACUAUUAUUUUAACAAGGCUCUUACCUUACAUAAAAUGAAUAGAUUUUAAGAAGCAUUAGAUUAUCAUGAUUAAUCGAUUUAGAAAUGCGCUGAAAACUCAGACUAUUAUUUUAGCAAAGGCACUUUAAAUUUUUCUCUUACAUUAAAAAAUAUGAAUCGAUUUGAAGAAGCUUUGCAACUUUAUGAUUAAGCCAUUCAGAAAAAUCCUGAAAAAUCUGAUUAUUAUGACAGCAAAGCCUCAACAUUAUAUUGUAUGAAUAGAUUUGAAGAAGCAUUGGAGUAUUUUGAUUAAGCUAUUUGUAAAAAUCCUAACGAUUCCGACUAUUAUUAUGGCAAAGCUCUUACAUUAAACAAAAUGAAUCAACUUGAAAAUGCAUUAAGAUAUUAUGAUUAGGCUAUUAAUAAAAACCCUGACGUUUCAGACUAUUAUUUUAACAAAGCUAAAGUAUUAGAUAAAAUGAAAAGGUUUUAAGAAGCAUUACAACUUUAUGAUCUGGCUAUUAAGAGGGAUCCUGAAAAAUCAGGUUAUUAUGAUGGCAAAGCAUCAACUUUAAAUCUUAUAAAUAGAUUUGAAGAAGCAUUAGAAUAUUACGAUUUAGCUAUUUCGAAAGACCCUGAAGAAUCCAUUAAUUAUUCUAAUAAAGCUCUUACUUUAAAGACAAUAUACAGGUUUGAAGAAGCACUAGAUUUAUUUGAAAAAGCCAUUCAAAAAUAACCUGAAAAUUCUGUUUAUUACAAUGAAAAAGCAAUAACUUUAAAUCUUAUGAGUAGAUUUGAAGAAGCAUUGGAAUAUUAUGAUUUAGCUAUUUCGAAAAACCCUGAAGAAUCUGUUAAUUAUUCUAAUAAAGCCCUUACUUUAAUUAAUAUUUUUUUAUUUGAAGAAGCUCUUGAAUCUUUUGAAUAAGCUAUUUAGAGGAAUCCUGAAAGUUCCUUAUAUUAUGUUCAGAAAGGCAAAAUACAAUCUCUAUAAUUGAUUAGCUUAGACAUUAGAUAAAAUGAAUAGAUUUAACGAUGCUUUGAUAUUUUAUGA